AUGGGCGAACGUGCUUGGCGUUUCAGUUUGACGCGGAUUAUCAGAUUGUUGGAUUACAAGGAUUUUGUUACUGUAUAUGUGAAGAAAUUUCAGUAUCGCUGGGUAAAUGAACAAGACCUAAUUAAUCUCAAAAUGAUGCAUGGUGCAAAUUUGACAGCUGGGAAGCGCAAGAUUUCCGUAAUUGAGGAAAACGCGUUUGGAUCUCUCUUUUGCAAAAGUUUAGUUGAGAUGCCAGAUGUAGCAGAGGACGUAAAUCUUGAAUGGAUAAUUCUUGAAGGAUGCGUACAUCUUCAAAAACUGAAUCCGUCGAUUAGGAAUGUGAGAAAGCUUGUUGUUUUGAAUGAUUGCAAGCGAUUGAAAUACUUGCCUGAUCUCCCUUCACGAACUGUCUUCCCCUCAGAUUCUCAUCUUACAGGUUUUGAACGUGCAGGAUUAAUCAUUUUUGGCUGCCCAGAAUUAGUUGAACAGUGCAUUACAAAGAGUUUUUCAUGGGCAAUUCAUAUUCUUGAGGCAACCUACCAAUGGCGAUUCCCUGAAAGUAUUAUGCCAGGAAGUCAAAUACCGAGCUUGUUCAAAAAUGAGUUUGUGAACGUGGACCAAGAAUACCUGGACAAAGAAUACCUAACCGUUGAUCCACCUCCCAUUCCGCAUGACAAUAAUUUGAUUGGUGUUUUGUGUUGCGUAAUAUUUCGUCUAUACAAUGAACAAAUUCCAAUGGAUUUUAGAAGAGAUCACAUGUGGUUACAUUAUAAAAAGGUUUCUAUGGACGAACGUGGUAUUCAUCCUUUUCUUUUCAGUUGCAAGUCGACUAUCAUCACAUUGUUGGGUUACGGGGAUUUUGUUACGGCGGAUGUGAAGAAAAUUCAGUAUCGCUGGGUAAAUGAACAAGACCUAAUUAACCUCAAAAUGACGCAUUGUGCAAAUUUGACAGCUCGGAAGCGGAAGAUUUCCGUAAUUGAGGAAAACGGUUAG